AUGAUUUGGGGGACUAUUCGCCGUAAAGUAGCUUCGUCUCAGGUGUUGGGACAAGCGUGGAAGGUUAGGCAUGGAGCGUCCACACAGAGCUGUUAUCGGACUGUACCAAAAGAGGCUUUGUUUAUUGGGAAAGGAUUUGAGUGUGUUCAGAGCUCAAGCUACCACAUUCUUUUAGGCGAUCAUGUUUCAAAGACAAGCAGGGAAGCUACUUCACUAUAUCAAACAGAAUCUUUUAUCCGAUUGAGAAAUAGAUCAUUUUCCUCAGACAGUGGAGACUUGGUAGAAGCUGUUGUUCCUUUCAUGGGUGAAUCUAUUACCGAUGGCACUUUGGCAACAUUCCUAAAGAAACCCGGCGACAAAGUUGCAAUUGACGAGCCUAUAGCCCAAAUUGAAACUGAUAAGGUUCCUAUGACAAGACUUAGGAAGCGGGUGGCAACACGCUUGAAAGAUUCUCAGAAUACAUUUGCUUUGUUAACCACAUUUAACGAGGUUGACAUGACUAAUUUGAUGAAGCUCCGUUCAGACUACAAAGACGCUUUUGUUGAAAAACAUGGUGUGAAAUUGGGAUUUAUGUCCGGCUUUGUGAAAGCUGCUGUCAGUGCACUUGAGCACUUACCCAUUGUCAAUGCUGUCAUUGAUGGGGAUGAUAUCAUAUACAGAGAUUACAUUGAUAUCAGCAUUGCUGUUGGGACACCAAAGGGCCUUGUUGUUCCAGUCGUCCGCAAUGCUGGUGGUAUGAACUUUGCUGAGAUAGAGAAGGAGAUCAAUACUCUGGCUAAGAAGGCAGCUGAUGGUUCCAUAUCAAUUGAUGAAAUGGCUGGAGGCACAUUCACAAUAUCAAAUGGUGGUGUAUAUGGAAGCCUUUUGAGCACACCAAUCAUCAACCCUCCACAGUCGGCAAUUUUGGGUAUGCACUCAAUAGUGAACCGUCCCAUGGUCGUUGGGGGUAAUGUUGUACCAAGGCCAAUGAUGUACGUUGCAUUGACAUACGAUCACCGUCUCAUUGAUGGAAGAGAGGCUGUUCUUUUCUUGCGCCGUAUAAAAGAUGUCGUGGAAGACCCUCGCAGACUCCUUCUUGAUGUGUAA